UCGGACAUGUUUAUACAGUUGUUUUGACUGAGAAGAUUUGGUUAGGUAUUUUUGUUUGGAAAUGGGCGAUAGAGCGAGACGUGACAACCCAAAAGUCGUAAAUAACCCUUUGUUAUUUGCUGCUGGGAGUGGCUUUCCAUUCGAAAACUUUUCGGAAAAUCCUCUUCUAGUGCCUGUCUCUCAAGCGGAUCCUGUAUUGCCAGAUGAUAUUGAAGCUGAUAGUUUCAUUGGGCAAGAACCACAGACAUCUGCAACUGGGCUGCCACGAGUACCUAACAUCAGUGUCCCAAAACUAUUCUCACCACUGAACAAUCAGCAACAAAAUGCUCCCUCGAGUAGUUUUCACCUGAUAGGUACAACAAGCAUAGACAGUAGCAGAACAUCCCCUGGAGUGCAAAACAUACCUCUGAAGCCUCCUUCACCUCCAGCACAGCAAACUGACGGAAGUAUAACUGUCGUGAAGGAUCUGCCUCCAGCAAUACCUGCACCACAGCCUCUGGAAACAGUUGGUCUUCCUUCUGGAGGUCCACCAGCACAUUCUCUUGCGCAGCCUGCUACUCAGACAUCGUUUCCUGCACCUGUGGCAUCAUUUCAGUUGACCAGCCCACCUCAGCAAGAAGUACAUAUUCCUGAUCGUCCACCUCAGAGUACACCACUUUACACUGGGACAAAUACUUUUCGCCUAGGUCAUCAGAAGAGACCAGUGUAUGCUCAACCACCCGGACUUUCAUGGUCUCCGGUUUCUGCACCUCCUUUGACUGCAAAUACUUCAACAUUACCGCCACUUACACAGUCAGUCACAAAUUCAGCUCAAAUAUUUCAGCCUAUUCAUAUACAUGAGAAAAUGGCUUCUCCAAAUGAACCUCAGCCGGUUGCAGCCUCUGUUGGAUCCGUUCAGUAUCAGUCUCCAAUUACUAACGGUUCUGGAGCACCUACUGUUUCACCACAGUCAUUUACUGGACAAAUGAAUGCAGGUUCAGUCUAUAGACAAGUUUAUCAUCACUGGUUUUUCAAAAAGGAAGUUGAGACAAAAGUUGUAUGGAAACCUUUCAGCAUGUCAGAUUCUCUUGCAUUGGAGGAAGCUUUUACUUCAUCUGAUCUUUCACCAGAGACAGUGGUAUCAACAGAUGGAGGCCGAUAUGAUGUCAACAUUUUGAGGCGGCAGAAAAUGGCUGUUUACUGGGAAGAAAACCCCACAGAAGUACGUCGUUGUUCAUGGUUUUCAAAGGGCUCUCUUGAUAGUAGAUAUAUACCAUACGAUGAAAAUGUUUCUGCGAGGUUGGAAGAAGAGUAUAAAGUAGCCACAGUGACAAACAGCUGGCAUCAUCGUGUGGAAUUAUCGAAUGGGGAGCAUAUUAUUUUUCAUGGGCCUAAUGUAAUGGUUCAGUUUCCUCAAGCUACAUCACCUGAUGCUUGGGGCCACACACCUCAAAUACCAACAAAACCUCGCAUAGUGAAACGAGGAGUUGAUGAAUUCGAAAUUGAUGAAGGAGAACCUGACAGAAUAGACCAUCUUCUGUUUCUUGUUCACGGAAUAGGAUCAGUGUGCGAUUUGAGAUUCCGACCUGUGGUAGAAGUUGUUGAUGAUUUUCGGUGUAUUGCUCUGCAACUGCUCCAGUCUCAUUUUAAAUCGUCUUCUGAACAAGGGAUUGUCAACCGCAUAGAAAUAAUCCCUGUUUCCUGGCAUUCAAGUCUGCAUAGUGAAGAUACUGGUAUUGACAGAAAGUUGAAGAGUAUCACUCUACCAAGUAUUCCAAAACUGCGGAAUUUUACAAAUGAUACAAUAUUGGAUGUGUUAUUCUACACAAGUCCUGUUUACUGCCAGACUAUUAUGGAUACUGUAGGAAAAGAGCUGAACCGUUUGUAUGAUUUAUUUCAAGAAAGAAAUCCUAACUUCAAGGGUGGAGUUUCAGUUGGAGGCCACAGUCUUGGCACUGUAAUAUUGUUUGAUCUUCUUUGCAACCAAAAGGAUCAUUCAGGCAAAAACACAGAAGAACCCAACUCUGAAUCAAGGGAAGGAUCAGAAGGCAGAAACUGUGAUACUGAAGGACAAGGUAAUUCAACUCCUGUCGCAGAACCAAACCACUCGCUCCUGCAGAGGAGGUUGAGUAGACGAAUAAGCUAUGUUAUGGGAAAUGCUGGUACAGGGCAACCAUACAUCUCAUAUCCCCAUUUACAGUUUACCCCAACGGCAUUUUUUGCACUUGGAUCUCCAAUUGGAAUGUUUGUAACAGUGAGAGGCAUAGAUGCACUGGGAGAAGAUUUUCAUUUUCCAACUUGCCCAGCAUUUUUCAAUAUAUUCCAUCCAUUUGAUCCAGUUGCAUAUCGUAUAGAGACAUUAAUCAAUCCAGAAUUUGAAAAUCAGAAACCUGUGCUGGUUCCUCAUCACAAAGGAAGGAAGAGAAUGCACUUAGAGCUGAAGGAGACUGUGAGCCGCAUGGGAGCCGACUUAAAACAAAUGUUGCUAGACUCUGUUCGCAGUACAUGGAAUACUGUCUACCAACUGGCAAUGUUUCACAAAAAUGAUGACAAAGCCUUGGAGCAGGAGAUGAAUAAAGUCUUGGAAGAGGAGAUGAAGAAAAAGGAGACUGAAACUUCACAGGCAGCUGAUGCGGAGGCAGCAAAUUUAUGCAUUGGCCGGCUGAAUGGUGGGAGAAGAGUUGACUAUGUACUGCAGGAGGCACCUUUUGAGAGUAUCAAUGAAUAUAUUUUUGCUAUGGGCAGCCAUGUUUGCUAUUGGGAAUCUGAAGACACAAUACUUAUGGUUUUGAAAGAGAUCUAUGCUACAAUGGGAGUACCACCUGACAGCCAUUCAAUACAGCAAAACAUACCGAUUGACAGGGAGCCAAAAACUAACACAGAUCCAGAUAUUUAUAAUGAACUAUCAUAUUUUGAUGGCUCAGAACCACCAACAGGAUCUGCUUCAUCUGCCAGUGGUACCUCAACUUCGUUCAGUACCCCAAAUCCUUCACAUCCAGGUGGACUUCAGCCGAAAGUGUCUAGCCACUCUCUGUAUCCAUCCACCCAACAAAAUGAGCCUGAGAGAACUGUAGGUAUGGACCCAACAGCCCCACUGACAGAAAAUAAGAAUUUAGGGCCACCACCAAUUUCAGGUUUUGUGAGAAAAUAAACGUACAAGCUUUUAUUGCAGACUGCUGAAAUAUUUGCCAAUGAACAAGUAUGUUGCACAUAACACAAGUAUAUAUUGCACAAAAUGGUGAUGUCGUCUUGUAUACAUAAUUAAAUGCUGUGUUAAGCUAUUUUCAUCUCUCUAUGGGAUUUCAAAUUUUAAUAUUUAUUUUUCAUGUAAAAUAUUGUACAGUUUGUUGUUGAGUUGCUAGACUUACAGUAUUUAUGUGCAGUAUUUAUUGUGUUUCAAUGCAGUUGAACAGUCAUUUUGAAAGGUAUUUUGUUUGGUGUCAGAGUGAAUGUACUGAAGGGAAUAUGUGCAAUGUUGUCUCUGUAGUUCUGGUGUAUUGUUUUUAAUUCAGAGAAAGGGAUUUGAUUUCUUGGUAAUGCUUACAUAAUGCAACACAGCCGUAACACAAGUUUUCCUGGUCAUUAAGCAAAAAAAGUAUUUAUCUCUAUGGUCCCACUGGUAACUUUGUUUCCAACCAAUGCAGAUUAUGUAACGUAACAUUACUGAAAGUGACAGUGUGGUGCAGAAGUUGUGAUUUUAAAUUGGUUGCAUCUAAUACAUACUUCUGUGAAAACUCGAGCCUUUUUAUGAGAGUGGAAUCACAGUAAAAUAAUUGUGGAGGUAUGCCGAGAAUCAUCAUACUUCAUGUCAAAAUGGAUAGCUUUAACAUUUGUAACUAUUGUACAUAUUUUUUUGUAAUACUUCGAUACAUUAUGUAAUGUAUGUGUGUGAUAUAAAUAUCAACGUUAUUUUUGUUAUAAAAAUUUAGUCGCAUAUGGUGACAUUAUGAAAUAACUCUAAAUAAAAUGAUCUUGUUGUUAUA